ACUCGAGAAACCGAUAAGCUAAGAGCAGCCCAUGAAAAAGGCAAGGAGAGGCUGCAGAUGUUACAGACCAGCUACAGAGCACUAAAACAACAAUUAAAACAGUGGGAAGAGGGCAAUAGCAGGAUUGAAAGUAGUGAAAGCAGAUACCAGCAUGCAGACUCCCAUCAGCUUUGUCAAGAGGAUUCUGGUGCUUUGUGGAAUGAACUGGCUUUUUUCAAAAGAGAACAUAAAAAGCUACUGAUCGAAAAACUGAAUCUUGAAGAAGAAUUGAAUCAGAUGAAAGUACACCAAUCUGGGGAGCUGCUUUUCAAACUUAGUAAAGGUGAUGGGGUCAAGAACAGUACUCCAAAGAGGAAUAUGAAAGAAGUUUCACAUCAGACAUUACAGAAGGUACAACAACUAGAAAGAAGACUUAAAUCUGUUGAAAGGGAAUUAAAGAAACAGAAGGAAGCAAAUAAAGACCUAUUGAAUGAGAAAAAUAAUUUGGAAGCAUCUUUAAAAGUGCAAAAGGAAGAUGCAGACACAAGAGAAAGAGAGCUGGAAACGCUACUUAAGAGGAUUUGUGAAAUAAAAAAAGACAAAGCAGAGCUUCAGUUAGCGAUUGAUGAGCAGGAAAAAGAAGCUGCCUCUUUGAAGAGCCAGAUGGUAGAAGCUAACAGAUUGAGGAAUGAAAAUGAAGAUUUGCUGAGUCAAGUGCAGGAGCUGAAGUGUUUGCUGGAUAAAGCCAAAGCAAUGGCAACCUCUGGGCAAUGUAAUUGCAAGAUAACAGGCACCAAGGUUAAAUUAAAAACAGACAAGAAGAAACGCUCUUUGGGACAGCAUGGAGCUUUUCUCAAACAGUCCAUCAAGGUUAUGAGUAAUGUAUUUGAGAACUUCAGUAAGGACGGCUGGGAGGAUGUGAGUGAAAGCAGUGACUCUGAAAUAUCAGCUUCUGAAAGUUUGGAAUCAGUGACUGUGAAGACAGCGCAACACGUUGAUCCGCUGCCAGCCAGAAGUAAACAACAGGGAAAAAACCAAAUACAAAAUAGUCGAAAGCCCUGCGCCAUUGUUCAUUCAGAAGGCAAAACACAGCAGUGUAAUAUAAAGGGCCAUCCACAGAAUAAAGGCCUGGAAAUGUUACGUUCCAAGAGAAGAAGGAUCUACUGUCUUAUAGCAUCUUAUCCAUCAAUUCUGAGCAAAAUGAACAGGACAAAAAGGAGAAAUACCAUUGUCCAGAGACCGGGCUACUCUGUUACUCUGCUGCAGGAAAAAAUUAAAUCAUUGCAGCAGCAGAUAGCUGUUUUACAGAAUGAAAAAAAGACAGCAGUGUCUUCUGUGAAGGAAUUUAAAAAAAACAAUGAAAAACUAACAGCUCAGCUACAUUUGGCUGAUCAGAGACUUCAAACUAGUAAAGUGACUAUAGAGGUGUUGACCUCCAGCCUGGCCAAGUGGCAACAGGAAAAUGAAGAUUUACAAGGAAAAUUGAAGUUGAGAGAACAUCUGUCUCAAACUGCUGGCAAGAGUGAAACCACACCAGCUCCUUCAAAGAACAUUGAUUUAGAGAUGAAACAGCUGCAGUGCAAACUAAAGAAUUCGACUAAUGAAAUCACUAAGCAAUUGACCACUAUUAAGUCACUAAAAAGCGAAGUCCAGGAAAAAGAAGAACAGAUUCAGGAGCUACAAGCAAAGAUUUCUCGAUUUGAGAGGGACCUUAAUAUGAAAAGACAUUUGAUAGAAGACUUGCGGUCUCGUCUCAAAGCAAAUCAAGCAAAUGAGAAAACCUCUAAUGAAACAUUAGAAAGUCUUGAGAAAAAGGUAAAGGCACUGGCUGAAGACUGUUCAAAGAAAAAAAAUUCCAUUGACUCACUGAAGCAAAAACUUAACACAGCUACAAAAGAGAAAUCUCAGUAUGAGCAGAUGUACCACAAGGCUAAAGAUGAGUUAGACAAAAAGGGUCUCAAGCUUAGCAAUCUAGAGAGCAAAAUGGUAGAGACUGAACGUGCUAUGAAUGAACUAGAGACUACUGCAUCUCAACAACUAAAUUGCUUGGCUAAACAGAGUGGACAGGCUUUGGAAACUAUACAGAAGAAGCUGGAGCUCACCAAUGACAAAGUGGAAGAGUUCAUGACAUUCUUGAAGGCUCUGACCAGAGAGUUACAGCACAGCGUACAGGAGCUGAGAACAAAAAUAAAACAGGCCAAAAAAAAGGAAGAAGUCGGAGUGUGCAAAAAGGGUCUUUCCCAAGAGUCUGUUCAGUUGGCAGCAUCUAUCCUUAAUGUCUCAACAAGAGAUCUGGAGGAGAUAUUGGAAGUAGAAGAGGAUGAGGAAACAGCAACGACAAAAAUGGAAUUUGAAAAAGAUAAAGAAUGGCUGCAGUAUAUACAGAAACUUCUUGAAACACAGUUUCCUUUUGCCUCAUAUUUAAUGGACGCUGUACUGGAAAAAUUAAAUGAGAAGAAUAAACUGGUAGUAGAGUACAGUUCUCUCAUGAAACACACUGUGUGA